AUGACCCUUCCGGAGACUACGCCACUGGCUAAGGUGAUCAUGGUGCUGGCGUGUGCAACCUUUCUUGUGAACAUUGUUGGAUUCUCUACUGGAUACUGGUUGGAGAAAAGUUUCAUGUUUCCGUUGAACAGAGGAGGCGUAGUCGACAUGCCCGUGGACGCCAGGCUGGGACUCUUCACUGCCUGCGAGACUGAACAUUACCUCAACGGAAAUUCCCACACCAAUUGCAUAACCAAAGGGGCCGCAGACUGGCAGAUCAUAUCGGCUGCCCUGGCCAUAGCGGGCCUCGUUUUCGCUCUGCUUGGUGCCAUAUUGUCCGUGCUGGGCGUGGUCAGAAAACGGCUUGCUGGGAGAAUUGGUCUCAAGGUCGCCAUCUUGCUGUGCCAUUUUCUUGCAUGUAACUUCUUCGUGGGACCACUUUUGAUGUUUCCUAUUAACAAGACGAUUCAAAUCAAGCCGGAUUUCAGCCCUUUCAAAGUAGACUUUGGCCUCGGCUAUUCCUACAUCGUCGCCGCCGCCAGUACGGUUUUGUUUGCUUUCCUGGUGUUGCUGAACAUCAUCGACCUCAUUUGGUCUCGCAGAGCGCAAAGAAACAUAGACGAGGACCGGACUGGACUCACCAAGGCAGUCUCAGGGUUAACUUAUCACCCGAUAUCGGUGAGAAGAAAAACUGACCUGUAA